AUAAUUGUACUUAUCAUGCUUGUUUUUCAGGUAAGAAAACGUCAAGUUGUACGUUACCAAUACGUUCCUCUUUCACCUCUAUCUGCUCAUCGACUAAGUAUGGUGAAACGAAAGAUCUUGGUGCUUGAUUUGGAUGAAACUUUAAUCCAUUCACAUCAUGAUGGUAUUAUAAGACCAAUGGUUAAGCCUGGCACACCAGCUGAUUUUAUUUUACGAGUUAAUAUCGACCGUCACCCGAUUCGAUUUUUCGUACACUGUAGGCCACAUGUUGACUAUUUCCUCUCUGUAGUUAGUCAGUGGUUUGAUUUAGUUGUUUUUACUGCAUCUAUGGAAAUUUAUGGAAGCUCAGUGGCUGACAAGCUUGACAAUGGGAAAGGCAUACUGCAUAGGCGCUAUUUUAGACAACAUUGUACUGUAGAUUAUAGUGGAUAUACCAAAGAUCUUUCUGCCAUACACGCUGAUCUUUCAUCUAUAUUUAUAUUAGAUAAUUCUCCUAGCGCAUAUAGGAAGUUUCCUCAAAAUGCCAUACCAAUUCGGUCGUGGUUUUCGGAUCCAACAGAUACGUGUUUGUUAGCAUUGUUACCUUUUCUGGAUGCACUUCGCUUCACAUCUGAUGUGCGUUCAAUUUUGAGUCGAAAUCAGCAACUUCAGCAGAUUUGGUAA